AUGUUCGUCCGUAAUGAAGCCGAAUUUUUGCUCACUAGAGCCUUACUGGGCUUGGCCGAAGCUGGGUUCAUUCCUGGUGCGAUGUACACACUCUCAACCUGGUAUACAACAACAGAGUUGACUACUCGAAUCGCCAUAUUCUUCUUCGGCAUGUUUGGGGGGACAGGUAUUUCGCCGCUGCUGGGAGCCGCGUUAUUGAAACUUGACGGCAAGGGGGGCCUUUAUGGGUGGCAGUGGAUUUUCCUGGUGGAAGGAUUGUUCUCAAUCAUGGUGUCUAUUGCACUCGUUUGUUUCCUCCCAGAGCAUGAGAGCUUUGCCUCGGGAUCCCAUCAAGUGCACGUACUGGGUAGUGAAGAGCUUUCCGAGACAAACAAAUCAACUGUCGCCCGCCCUGGAGCAAAACAUACCAUAUCAUGCAAAUUGGUAUGGGCGACGUUGACGAACAUAGCAAGAUGGCCACAUUUUAUUGCAACAGCCUGUGUCUUCUCCACAUGGAGCCCCCUCACCACAUAUACCCCGAGCAUCAUCAUGCAGCUAGGUUUUACUAGAAUCGAAGCAAAUGCACUUGCCGCGGUUGGGAGCCUGCUCACACUUCCCGUGAUCUUCUUCUUUGCCUGGAUGAGCGAUCGAUCGAAAGGAAGGGGCCUCGUGGUCAUGACUGCGAUCUUCUUCUACUUGGUUUCCUUGAUAACCCUCAGGUUACUGCUACAUCGCGAAGGUAAAUGGGAAAAGUUCGGCUUAUGGACAACUGUGAAUAUAUUUGCCGUUGGCUAUCAUCCAAUCCACAACGCCUGGAUCCAAAUGAACUGCGAGAGGGCCGAGGAGAGAAGCAUCAGCAUAGCGAAGAUUGACCCCGGAGAACUUUUCGGUAGACUGACCCCUGGUCCGGACAGUCGUCAUGUCAGCUACAUCUGGGCUUAUGGCGGGAACACAGAUCUUUCGGGGUGA